UUAAUUAUUUUGCGAUUUUCAGGCUCCGGAAAAACACUUGCCUUUGCUGUCCCUAUCAUUAUCGAUAUUAUGAAUUUAAAAGAUAAUACGACUAAAAGUACGAAUAUUCUUCGCGCUGUGGUGCUUGAACCGACACGCGAACUUGCUAAACAGACUUAUAUGCAGUUUUUGAAGUUCACUGAAGGUUUAUCUAUCACAUGUGCUCUUCUCGACAGCGACAAAUUGCCUAAAAAUGCAAAUGUGGUUGUGUCGACACCAAACAAAUUGGUGUAUGCUUUGGAAAAGAGUGCGAAAAAAUUGUCAUCAAAUAAUUUAAAAUGGCUUGUUAUCGAUGAAAGUGACAGACUUUUUGAUACAACCGAGGGUGACGAAAAGUGCUUCAGAAAUCAGCUUUCAAGAAUCUAUCAAGCAUGCAGUGGCAACGCGGUGCGCCGCGCUUUCUUCAGUGCUACCUUCUCAUAUGAGGUUGAAGAUUGGUGCAAAAAGAAUCUGUAUGAUGUGGCACUGAUUUGCAUUGGUGCGAGGAAUGCAGCAGUGGACACUGUGAAGCAAGAAUUAAUCUUUGCUGGCUCCGAACAUGGUAAAGUUAUUGGCUUGAGGUCGUUAUUUCAAAGCAGUUUCGAACCGCCAGUUCUCGUCUUUGUACAGAGCAAAUCACGCGCACGGCAGCUAGUAUCAGAGAUAGAACUACUUCAGCCACCAGUGCCAGUGGCACUGAUUUCAAGCGAGAAGACAGAAACAGAGAGAGAAACUGCAAUCGCUAAAUUUCGCAGUGGUGAAAUUUGGGUUCUGGUCUGUACAGAGUUGAUGGGUCGUGGACUGGAUUUAACUGGAGUAAAUUUGGUCGUGAACUUCGAUCUCCCAACUUCAGUCAUCAGCUACAUUCAUCGUAUAGGUCGAACAGGCCGAGCUGGCCGACGUGGACAUGCUGUUACCUACUUUACGGAAGAUGACUUGAAGUUUGUUCGCCCAAUUGCUAACGUUAUCAGGCAGGCUGGUUUUGAAGUCCCGGAAUAUACACUGAAAAUGCAAAUGCCAACAAGGAAGGAAAAGAAGAAAUUGAUGAGACAUGCACCGAAGCGUAAAAAUAUCGGCGCAGUGAAGAAAGCUAGGAGGAAAAAAAAUCGAAAAAAGCGUCCAGCUGCUGCUCACGAUACAUCGUAA